AUGAAGACGGACGGCGGUGAAACCUUAGUUUCCGACCAAUCUUCAAAGCAACGGAAGCCGAAGUCCCGUGAAGUGAGUUCUCGCUUUCUCUCAUCGAGCAUCACACCUUCCAUUGAAAGUCCAAACCACACUCUCUAUCCACUCCGAGCAAAACCCAGAUCAUCCACCGAUAGCCAAAAGCACCGAAGCCUCGAAUCUUCAGGUUUUGUACUAGGGCUUUGGCCAUCUUCUGGUUCAUCAUCAUCAUCUUCAUCUUCUUCUUCUUUGAGUAAAAAACAAAGCACUCUCGCUGAUCAUCUUGGAAUUGAGAGAAUUAAAGGCCAUGAAAAGUCUGAGAAGUCGAUGUUCUUCAACAGACAAAGAAGCUGCACGGAGUUUAGUAGGUUUGAGAACGAGAAAUCAAUCGCCAAAGAAAAUCAUAAACCAUUCUUUGGUGGGUCGAUGAGGUAUACCGGAAAAUUCAGGUUUCCGGGAAAAUCAUCGAAUUCAUCAUCGGCGUUGUCAAAAUCGUCGAGUUUAGUCGAUGAUCACGAUCAUACAGUUCCCGGAAGGUUUUCGGUGGAUUCAAAUGCGCUUCGGAUGAAUUCACUUCCUCGAAUAUCUGAUAUCUUAACAGAAACACAAGAUUCAGAGUCCGAGUGCAGUGACAUAUGCUCCGGCUCGAGUUUUGAAUCACCGGUAAUCGGAAAAAGGUUUCCGGCUUCCUAUAUGGCACCGACGGUGAGCUCAAGAAAGGCCGGUAAAGUGGUUUCUUCAAAAUACAUGAACGAUUUGCCAUCAAGGUCUCGGCGGUGGACUGUUGAUUCUAGCACUCAACACCCAGUUUCAUCGGACAAUUCUCCCAAGAAAUCGGCCAUAAAAAACUCAAUGAAGCGGACAAAUUCGCUUACUACCUAUGGGUCUACGACGUCGCAGUGGGCCUUGUCACCGGCGAGGUCAAGUUCGCCGCCAGUGUCGACUGAGAGCAAGGGAACUUCGAUGUCGUUUUCGAGUUUGAAGCCUCCGACGAGUCCGUACAACGCUAAAGGUGUUGGGAAUUUGCUGAGUAGGGGGCUUGAAUUGUUUAAGGUUAAGAAAGCUUCUUCAAGUACUAGUUCAUCUCCUCUAGGGCCUGCCAUGACAGAGAGCUUUCAUCAGAUCAGACUGUUGCAGAAUAGGUUGGUGCAAUGGAGGUUUGCUAAUGCUAGAGCUGAGGCUGUGAAUCUGAGCUUAGCUAAUCAGGCAGAGAGUAACUUGUCUUAUGCCUGGAAUGGACUUGCAAAGUUGCAACAUUCUGUACUACAAAAGAAGUUGCAGCUAGAGAAAGAGAAGCUGCAGAUGAAACUGAAUAUUGUGCUUCAUUCUCAAAUUAAGCCAUUGGAAGCUUGGGGAGAUAUGGAAUGGCAACACCUAUCAGCAGUAUCUAUGACCAAAGAUUGUUUGCACUCUGUUGUUUGUAGGGUACCCCUUAUUGAAGGGGCAAAGGUGGAACCACAACUAGUUUCGGUUGCAAUACGACAUUCCUCAGACCUUGCAGCAUCCAUGAAGAUGAUGUUAGCUGCUUCUUCAUCCGCGGCUGAGAAGACGGUGUCAAUGGUUUCGGAAUUAGCAGAGGUAGUCGCACAAGAGAAAUCCCUAUUGGAAGAGUGCUUAGAGCUUUUCAAGAUCAUUUUGAAGCUAGAGAUGCGAGAGUGGAGCUUAAAGUGUAAUAUUAUUCAACAGAAAUUGUGGCAGCAACAACAACAACAACAUGAUCGAAAUGAGAUUUGUGCAUAA